AUGAAGACCGUAAUGGUGACUGGUUCCAAUGUUGGUUUGGGCAAGGAGUGCGCCAGACAACUUGCUUCAGAAGUCGAGGGAGUGGAGAAAAUCAUUCUUGCCUGUCGCAAUCCAGCCAAGGCAGAGGCUGCAAAGGAAGAUCUCGAAAGGAUCACCAGCAAGCAAAUCUUUCAAGUUCUGGUAAUGGAUGUUUGUGACCUUGAUUCUGUCCGAAACGCUGUUGCAUCUUUGGAGGAUUCGUCCAUUGAUGGUCUCGUGUUGAAUGCUGGGGGAAUGCUGGGAUUGGACUUGACAGCGGAUGGAGUCACCAUCAGUUUUGCUGGAAACGUUCUCGGUCACGUGGUGCUGACGCAAGAACUCUUUCAAGCUGGAAAGCUGAAAAGUGGUAGUACGGUGGUGUACUCCUCCAGCGAGGCCGUCCGAGACAUUCCCGAAUUGUCAGCCAAACGAGUCCAACUCGACGAACAUUCCGUGGAAGAAUUCAAGAGGGUUGCUGAUGGCAGAUUUAUCGCCUCUCGAAAAUCCAUGGCACCUGCACGUGGGGAGACCUAUGGGGUCGUCAAGUAUAUGGGAACCCUUUGGACGUCCUACAUGGCUCGACAGCACCACAACAUUAGGUUUGUCUCUAUCAGUCCUGGGGCAAGCAGCGGGACCAAGUUCUUUGAUGACAUGCCCAUGGCGGGAAAGCUAGUAGUCAAGGGUGUGUUCAAGGUCUUUGCCAUGUUUGGACGAGCGCAUGGAGUCGAAGAGGGUGCCAAGAGGUACAUUGAUGCAUUGAUGGACGACGAAACCUUCCCAACGGGUGGAUUUUAUGCUAGCAAAAAGGGUUCGAGUGGUCCUGUAGCCGACCAAGCCCAAGCAAUCCCUAGUUUUGCAGAGUACAAGGAUACUACGAUACAAGACAAAGCGGCUCAGGCAAUUCAUGAAAUUAUAAAUCAAAAGGAUUUUGUAAAUACCACAAAAACCAACACGGAAGAGAGUACAGCAGCGUGA